AUGGUCUCUGCAUCCCUCUUCGUGCUCUCUCUUGCUGCCUCGGCGCUCGCCGUGCCUUCUAAACGGCAGUCCGAUACGGGCAACGGGUCCUGCCGCGCCCUCCAAACUGAGUGUGCCGCGACGGUUAAGUCCGACCUUAGCGAUGCAUGGAACAUCAAGGCGUGCAUCUUUGGUGCGACCUGUUCUGGUGGCCAGCAUCCCGUUGAUGGCUUCCUCGCUGCCGUCUACGCCGAUAGAGGUCUCAGCGGGGCUGCCCCGAAAAGCGUCAACUUGCCGCGCGUUACGACCUCUCUCUGGAAGUCCAUCUCCGCUGACGGGACGUUCGUGACACAACAGAAUUUUAUCGAUGGCUAUUACUCCUCUCUCGACGCCACCGGCGGGCCGUAUCCAACUGACCCUCAAUACGUUAUCAGCAUCUUCCGGAACUUGCAAGACUGGACCGCAUACUGCAACGUGGCCAUCCCCUUCCAGAACUUCGCCGACUACUUCCAAUACUCGUCCAGUGUUGACAGCUCCAACUGCGGUACGGUCAGCACGACCACUAUCAACCCACACCCGACGAGCACGACCUUCUCGUUUGAGAGCUUCACCUUGGCCACCGCGACGACUGUGGUUCUCUCUAGCGCAGUUGGCUCUGCCACUGCCCCUGUUGUUACAGCUUCUGCUGUGUAA